AUGUUAAUUAAAUAUUACGUGUGUUCAAUAUUAACGUUGAGCCUUGCUGCUUUCGCCAGUGCGUCCAAAGAGACGCUGGUACUACUCAACAAUUUAGUCAUCAAAGAGACGCAUUCCAUUUUAUUUAACACUCUCAAAGAAAGAGGAUAUCAUCUGACUUUCAAAUCAGCUGACGACCCUACAUUGGUGCUUUCUAAGUAUGGAAAAUACUUUUAUGAAAAUUUAAUUAUUUUUGCACCAACUGUUCAAGAAUUUGGUGGAUCUCUCAACAUCGAAACUAUUACUCAAUUCAUUGAUGACGGAGGCAAUGUUUUGUUUACUGGUGGUGUGUCUACUGGUUCUGCUUUGAGAGAGUUGGCUGCCGAAUGUGGUUUUGAAGUUACCGAAGAAAAUUCUUCCUUAAUUGACCAUUUGAAUUAUGAUGCUAGUGACUCAGGAAAACAUACUUUGGUAGUAACCAGUUCGUCAAAUCUAAUUAAAUCUGAAGAAAUUGUUGGAAAAAGUAAUGAAAAACCACUGUUAUAUGAAGGAACUACAGUAAUUACGGACCCAAAAAAUCCAUUAGUACUUCCUAUUCUUCAUGCUGAAUCUACCGCAUAUUCUUACAAGCCAGACCUUCCUGUUAAAGAUUAUUCAUUGGGAACAGGCAAAGAUCUAUUACUAAUUGCAGCUUUACAAGCAAGAAAUAAUGCCAGGGUUGUAUUUUCUGGUUCCUUGUAUUUCUUUUCUGAUGUUGCCUUUAGGACUUCUGUACAAAAAGUUGAUGGAAAAACAUAUGAUAUUUCCGGAAACCAAGAAGUUGCUUCAAACAUUGUUUUGUGGACAUUAAAAGAUAGAGGCAUGAUAAGAGUAAAGUCUGUCAACCAUCAUAAAGUGGGCGAGUCGUCACCUCCACCAUCUUACACAAUUAUGGAUAUGGCUAUAUUUUUGGUGGAGUUGGAACGUUGGGAAAACGGAAAAUGGAUCCCUCAUAACGCUAAUGAUGUUCAAGUAGAAUUUGUACGCAUAGAUCCGUUCUGGCGUGGUAAUCUUAAUAAUUUAAAAAAUGGCAAGUACGAGUUUACAUUUAAAAUACCAGAUACAUAUGGAGUGUAUCAAUUUAAAGUGGAAUACAACCGUAUUGGAUUUACUGCAAUCAGAAGCUCAACCAUGGUGUCUGUAAUUCCACUGGAACAUACUCAGUAUGAAAGAUUUAUUUUAAGUGCAUAUCCAUAUUACUCAAGUGCUUUUUCAAUGAUGUUUGGUGUGUUUAUAUUCAGUUUUGUCUUCUUGCAUUAUCGAGAAGAUAAAGCAAAGGGAGAGUAA